UGGCUCUACAUGCUAAGGAGACGAUUCACGACAUUGCCUAUAAAGGUGAUAUCCACACAAUCAAGUUAAAGCUGCAAGAAGAUAGUAAACUUCUGACCAAGAAAGAUGAUAAUGACAGAUUGUUGAUUCACUGGGCUGCUUUGGGAGGACACGAAGAGCUCCUGAAGCUGCUGUCAGAUCUUGGCUCACCAAUAGACAGCAAAGACGAUAUUGGUUCUACUCCACUAAUAUUAGCUGCUUCCGCUGGAAAGGAGCAAGUGGUGCAUACACUUUUAUCUCUAGGGGUGAAUGUAAAUUCGCAGAAUAAUGAGGGUCAUUCAGCUUUGCAGUAUGCUUCAUCUAAAGGAUGGUUAGAGAUUGUCCAAAAACUGUUGUCUAGCCAUGCCAACGUUAAUAUCACUGACAAACGAGGGGCGACACCUCUGCACAGAGCUGCUUCUCGAGGAAACACAAACAUUGUGAAAGAAUUGCUUGCCUGUGGCAACCAACUAGUGGUAGAUGCAAAGGAUGCUUAUGGCAAUACACCACUGCAUCUUUGCUGUGAAGAAGAUAGAGCAGAGGAAGCAGGUUUACUUGUGCAGCAUGGUGCAAGCCUGACAAUCAAAAACAAAGAGGAGAAAACUCCUCUCGAUCUUGCACCACCGACUUUAGCUCGCCAACUUAAGAACUGGGUGGAGCAAUAAAAAAUGAUCUUCAAUAAAA